UAAAAAUAAAAUUUUAAUAUUUGCGAUCUAGAUAUAGAAUGUUAAAAACUUUACAUAUUAGUAUAAUUUGAUAUAAUUUCCGGUACAAAUAGAUUUAUUCGUUAUUCCAUUUUAUUGAUUACUAUAUAAUGUGUAGGAUGGAAAGAGAAAGAGAAAGACGGAGAGAGAGAAAAAGAGAGGAAAACAUUUUUGUUUUAAUAAAAUUAUAGAAAAUUCUAGAUUGUUAAAUAAACAUAGGAUAAUGACAUCGUUAGGGAUCAGUAAUUGUCUGUUUUAGGAAUCAAUAUCAUUUUUGGUUAUUACAUAUGAAAAUUAGUCAUAAAAUCCGAAUAUUUACUUAAAUUUAUUUCGGUUGAAGCAAGCAAUUAAAUUAAAUUCCUUCGAACGAACACAAAGUCACAUAUUUACGUAAUCAAACGGUUUAGGAAAUUUGAUAAAAGUUCGAUUAUCGAUUAAUUGCUUUCGAUACUCAAAGUAGUGCUUAUUUCAAGUAAUCGGUGAAGUUGACCAGAUCGCGUGUUUUACGAAUAAACGAACGUUCGACGUUAUUUCUCAACAUUUCUAAUGAUUAUUGAAACUUUCGAAAAUAAGAUGGAAGAUGAAUCUAUACAACCAGGAACAAGUCAAGCUGAUUUUAUUGAAAAGGAAUUGAAUUUUGACAUAGAUCCAAAUGAACCGAUGACAAAAGCAGCUUUAAAUGAACAUCCGCCUGAAGAGUGGAUAGAUAUUUUAGGAAAUGGACAGCUUAAAAAGAAAGUUGUAGAAAGUGGGGAAAAUGGAACACGUCCAAAUAGAUCUGACAUUUGUACUUUAAAAAUUGUUGGUAAAUUAAAAGAUGGUACGAUAGUUGAAGAAUAUGAAGAUCUCAAAAUUCAAUUGGGUGAUGUUGAAGUGAUUCAGGGAUUAGAUUUAGCAAUUGCUUUAAUGGAUGUAAAUGAAGUUGCUGAAAUUGAAGUUGAUCCAAGAUUUGCUUAUGGCUCUCUAGGAAAAGAACCGAAUAUUCCACCAAAUGCCGCUAUUUUUUAUACAGUUCAGUUGAAGUCCAGUGAAUUAGAAGAAGAAAUAGAAACUCUCAAUGUCAAACAACGAAAAGAAAUUGGCAAUAAAAAACGAGAACGUGGAAAUUGGUGGUUUACUCGUAAUGAACCAAUACUUGCGAUUCAGUGUUAUCGGAGAGCAUUAGAAUUUUUGUUACCAACAGAAAGUCGUACAUCCUAUCAGAGUGAAGCAGAAGAUACCACUACUGAUGCAGAACUGCAGGCUUUACUAGAAGAUCGUAUGAAAGUAUAUAAUAAUUUAGCAGCUGCACAAAUGAAAACACAAGCUUAUGAUGCAGCAUUAAAAAGUGUAGAAAGUGUCCUGAGUUGUCAACCUCAAAAUAUAAAAGCACUCUUUAGGAAGGGAAAAAUUUUGCAUUAUAAAGGAGAACAUGCAUUAGCAUAUCAAACAUUGCUUCAAGCAGCAAAAUUAGACCCAGAAACAAAAGCUAUUCAGACAGAAUUAGCUAUUUUAAAAGAGAAGAAUGCUAAGGAUGCUCGACAUGAGAAAAAUCUAUAUCGUAAAAUGUUAGGAACACACAAAAAUAACAAUAAUUCUCAAAAAAAUACAAAAAAACAAAAAAGUAGAAAUUCAUCAAAACUUACAUGGAGCUUAAUUGGUGGAGCAGCUGCGGCAGUUCUAAGUGUAUUCUUAUAUAGAUUUGUUUCAUCAUUCAUUAUUAAUGUUUUUGGGCUAGUAACUUCCACAGUGACAAUUUGUUCUGAAUUAAUAUCUACUAAUGAAAGAACCUGUGAAGUAAAAUCUGGAUUCGAAAAUAAAUUUGUAGAUUCUAAUGGCAAUGAUGAAUUUUCGCACAAGUCAUUAGAGAUGGGUAAUAUUUGCGUUUCUAAAUAUGAAUCAGAAUGUUUGUUAUUAAUAUCCAUGUCUUGAGAAGAUGAAAUUUUUUCAUCUGAUGAUAAAAGUAUAUUAGGUCCUGUGUUAAUUUUUAAUUUUUUAGGUUUAAGGGGUUUUGGUUUUUCUGGUAUUGGAACAAGAUGA